CAAGAGUGCACGUUGCUUGUUUACAGGCCUUGAUUGAAGACAUUGAUGCUGUUGCGGAUUGUGGACAAUCCCACAACGUCUUGCGGCCAUCUUCCGAAGGCAAAUCCUUGCCCUGCAUACGAGUAUUUUGCAGACUUCGUGCAAAGCUUCCUGGCAAGCUAUCGUUCCCAAGGGCAUGCAUGGAAUUGAGUUACAUCUUGUCCACCAGAAGCGAGGAUGCACAACCAACGGGACGGCUAACCGGCUUGAACAGGUUCUUCAAGGAAAUGUUUUCGAAUAGUGUAUCCUCCCCUCGUGUCCUCACGUCUCUUUCUCUCUGAAAAGUCCUCAAUGACAGAAAUCUUCUCAGACAUUAGCCUACUUAACACAGCUCCAAAGCAAACAAGCUCCUCCAACAUCAACAACAUGUUCAACGACAGUUACGAGGACGCCAACGCCAUGGCUGCCAUGGUCAACUUCUUCAAGCCUACCAAGUACUCUUCGCUCCCACGAGACCCAGAGAAAGAGGCACAAAGAAAGCCACUCUCGAAAAUAUCAGAAGAAUCAUCCUCAGAAACAAGCAGCCAGACGUCGGCGGAGACAGUAUGCGAAGUUGGUCUACCUCUGGUAGAGAACGAACACAGGCCCGUCAAUGCUCGAAUCGUCUCAGACGCUAUCAUCGGGCUCUCAGACGGUCUUACCGUGCCAUUUGCGUUGACAGCAGGCCUGUCGGCGCUCGGAGACACCAAAGUCGUCGUGUUGGGCGGUCUCGCCGAGCUCAUUGCAGGAGCCAUCUCUAUGGGUCUAGGAGGCUACUUGGGAGCGAAGAGUGAAGAAGAUUCCUACAAAGCCACUCUGCGAUCAACACGAUCCAAAGUCCUAGACGUCAGCAGCAACCUCUCUUCCGAAGUCACGGACGUCUUUGCGCCCUACCACCUCCCUCCGUCCACGUUGAAGGACUUUACACACCAAUUGAUCACAUCCAACAGCCCCGAAAUGGUGGUUGAUUUCCUCAUGCGCUUCCAGCAUGGCACACCAGAGCCUGCGGCUAGCCGUGCCGUAAUUUGUGCCUUGACAAUCGCCACUGGCUACUUCAUGGGCGGGUUUGUGCCACUUAUCCCAUACUUCUUCACAUCCAACGUCACAGAAGGUCUUAUCUGGAGCAUCAGCGUGAUGGUCCUGGCGUUAUUCGCAUUUGGAUACGUCAAGACUGGUGUGACGGACGGUUGGAGGGGCGGGAGCUCUGUGCGCAGCAGCCUGAAAUCAGGUGCUCAGAUGGUCGUUGUUGGAGGCGCGGCGGCAGGAUGUGCUAUGGGUGUGGUGAGGCUGUUCAGCUCAUUGCAUCUACUAUGAGUACCUGGUAGUGACGGCAUAGGAGACGUGGACAGGAUUGGACAAGCAGUAUUAUUAUUAGCAUAACCGAUAAGCAUUAUCUGGGCGUUUGGAGCGGACAAAGGGC